UGGCCGACUACUGAGCUCAGACUUAGUUGUCUCAGCGUCAGGACCCGGCGUCUGUGGCCAGCUCAGUGCACGAAGGACGAUUCUGACACAGAAAACUUCACUAUUACUACUGCUGGUGCUGAGUACUAGUAUGUCGACUGGUUUGCACCUGUUCCUGGCGGUUGUCGCCAUCUUUUCUCAACAUGUCCAAGCUGCCGACAUCCUCGUGGCGACAGUGACCUACGCCAGCCCCUGGAUGGACGUGGCGAAGAUUGCCGAAGAAUUGGCCUCCCGAGGGCACGUCGUCACCGUGUUGGCUCAUGCUAGUCAAAAGAGCGACCUGAUGCGGAAAUGGCCGACCUUGCAGUACGAAACAUUCGGAGAUCCCGAAACACCACCGUCGAUUAAGGAAGUAGCAAAAACUGUGCCUCAAAAGAUGGCAUUUUCUUCAUCUGGGAUGUUGGGACUCCUAAAGUUUGGCAGCACUUUGAGUUCUGCACUGCUGGACCUUGGUGAAGAGAUGCUGAGUGACAAUCAACUGCUGACGAAACUGAAGAACAGCCACUAUGACGUUGUCCUGACGUAUGCUGGUCCCUCAUGCGGGCCCCUGGUGGCGCAGUACUUGGACCUGCCCCUAGUCUGCACGAUGAGGUCUCUUCCUACUGGACUAGACGUCCGAGCCACCGGUGUUCCCAAUCCCCUCGCUUACGUGCCAACCGUGGGGUCGGGGUUGUCAGAUAGGAUGACGUUUUUACAGAGAGUGAAGAACGUGCUGGUUUACUUCGCAGCUUCUACAAUGGGACAGUUGGUCUUCGAAAGAAGUUACGACGAUAUCGCAAAAAGAACUAUUGGCGACAACUUCACCAUGUCUGCUGGCCUGGCAAGAACCGACGUGUGGCUCUACCAAUCAGAUCUCAUGUUCGACUUCCCUAAACCCAUGAUGCCAAAUAUGGUCAACAUAGCAGGUCACAUGGCUGAGGAUGUCAACCCGCUCAGUGAGGAGCUGGAGAAGUUUGUGCAGAGUUCUGGAGAUGACGGUGUUGUGCUUGUGACCUUCGGCUCCAUGAUAGCAGCUAUGCCUUCAGAGCUAGCCGACAUGCUGGCCGCUGCUUUUGCCCGUCUGCCACAGAAGGUUGUGUGGCGCUACGCUGGGACGCCACCUCCAAGUCUGGGGCCCAACACCAGGACCAUGGACUGGGUGCCUCAAAACAACUUGCUAGCUCAUCCCAAGACAAAGGCGUUUGUAUCACAUUGUGGUUACAACGGAGUAGCGGAGGCCAUGUACCACGGGGUGCCCCUGGUCGGCAUGCCUCUCAUGAGUGAUGCCCAUGAUAACAUCGCUAGGAUGGUGGCCCGUGGGAUGGCGGUGUCAUUGAACAUCCACACGGUGACGUCAGAGGAGGUGGCCCAGGCCAUCACAUCUGUUAUUUCGGAUGCUAGCUACAAAGAGAAGGCCAAUCAGAUCUCCACGCAUCUUCGUGACCAACCACAGUCACCCAUGGAGCGGGCAGUAUGGUGGAUAGAACACGUCAUCAAACAUGGCGGCCUCCCCCAUCUCAGGUCGAGGGCACCCGAACUCCCCUUCUACCAGUACUACCUGUUAGACGUUAUUGCCCUGAUUGUUGCAGUUAUAUCUGCUGUAUUGUUGUCUUGUUGGAAGUGCUGUUCGUUUGCAUGUCGCAUGUGCAAAAGGAGUAUGACUACCACCAAGCUGAAAAUUAAUUGACUGUCGUCGCAAGGCAUAUUUGUACGGACAACAGUAGAUGAACAAUGAAUACAGAGGCGUCCUGUAAAAAGAAUUUUUAAAUGCUAUGUCAAACAAAAUUGUUCAAGUUGUAAAGCUGUCAAUGUUAUCUUUGAUCGGUGCACGUUUUCGGCAAAAAAGUUGCCUUCAUUAUGGAAUCAAAGUGGUAAGGGAGGUUGAACAAAUAGCCAAACACACAGAGUCUGGUAUACAGAACAAAUAAAUCCUUCAUUUUUUUGUUCUUUCAUAU